GCGCCGCCGCCGCCGCCGCCGCCGCCGCCGCGCUGCCGGGAACAAUGAGGCGCGCGGCGCGGGGCUGAGCGCAGCGCCGCGCCGGCCCCGAGACAGAGCCACCCGCCGCGCCUGCAGCUGCCGCCCGACGCGGAGCGGCUCUGGCCCCUUGGAGGUGAUCCCACAGGCCUCCCGGGACGCUGGCGCGGGUCGUUCGGGGCCCCCGAGGUGGCGCGGGGAGGCUGCUCCGCGGAGGCUGCUCCGCGGAGGCGAGGGAGGCCCCCAGCAGGAGGAUCUCAGCCGCGCGCUCGGCGUCCGCAGACCCCAAAUUCCGCGGCGCGCAUCGGGCGCCCCUGGCCGGGUCUACGGGCUCCCGGCUCCCGCUGGCGGCGGAGGGAGUAUGGGAGCGCGUGGCGCGCGCGCCCGAGCGGCUGCCGGGGAAUAAAAUGUGACACGCGCGUCUUCGAUUCAAGCGCCGCGCGGCCGGGGAGCGCCAAGCACCGCGGGGUCGGUCGCUGAGAGGCGCGGCAUCCGGAGAAGGUUCAUUUGGCCUCCCACUGCUUUAAGACACAAGGUGCUGACCCCAGAUACCUGCCAUGAAACCACACUUGAAGCAAUGGAGACAACGAAUGCUUUGCGGGAUAUUCACCUGGGGCCUCCUCUUCGUGGUGAUUUUCAUUUACUUCACCGACAGCAACCCAGCUGAGCCUGCGCCCAGCUCCUUCUCCUUCCUGGAGACCAGGCGGCUCCUGCCCAUUCAGGGGAAGCAGAGGGCCAUCAUGGGCGCGGUGCAGGAGCCCUCCUUGCCCGAGAGCCUGGGUACACACAAGGGGCUGCUAGACGGACGCCCGCCUGGCCCCUUCCACGCGGGGCCCGGAGAUCUGCAGCAAUGGGCCCAGGUGCAGGACAGGUUCGAAAAUGACGAAGAGUUCUUUUCACCCCAGAUCCGGAGAAAAUCGCAAAGCACUUUCUACCCGGAGGACAACGACUACUUUUUUGCCGCGGGUCAGCCAGGAUUGCGCCGCCACACUCAGGGCACGCAGGGACCCCCCUCCUCCCACGGGGACCAAGGCCGGCUGGAGGGGGCUGCACCAGCCCUCCAGGCGCCAAGAAGGCGGGCGAGGAAGAGGCAGCGGAAACCCGGCGGGGGGCUGGUGCUGGAGGACGGCGAGGACGGGGACAGGCUGUACUCAUCCAUGUCCAGGGCCUUCCUCCACCGGCUCUGGAAGGGAAACGUCUCGUCCAAGAUGCUCAACCCGCGGCUGCAGAAGGCCAUGCAGGACUACCUCAGCGCCAACAAGCACGGCGUGCGCUUCCGCGGGCGGCGGGCGGCCGGGCUGAGCCGCGCGGAGCUGCUGUGCGCGCUGCGGAGCCGGGUGCGGGUGCGCACGCUGGACGGCAAGGAGGCGCCUUUCUCCGCGCUGGGCUGGCAGAAGCUGGUCCCCGCCGUGCCGCUGAGCCAGCUGCACCCGCGCGGCCUCCGGAGCUGCGCCGUGGUUAUGUCGGCCGGCGCCAUCCUCAACUCCUCCCUGGGCGAGGAGAUAGAUUCUCAUGAUGCAGUUUUGAGAUUUAACUCUGCUCCUACACGCGGCUACGAGAAAGAUGUUGGAAAUAAAACCACCGUGCGCAUCAUUAAUUCCCAGAUUCUGACCAACCCCAACCAUCACUUCAUUGACAGCUCAUUGUAUAAAGAUGUCAUUUUGGUAGCUUGGGACCCUGCUCCUUAUUCUGCAAAUCUUAAUCUGUGGUACAAGAAGCCAGAUUACAACCUAUUCACUCCGUAUGUUCAGCACCGUCAGAGAAACCCAAAUCAGCCAUUUUACAUUCUUCAUCCAAAAUUUAUAUGGCAGCUUUGGGACAUUAUCCAGGAGAACACCAAGGAGAAGAUUCAGCCCAACCCACCAUCUUCUGGCUUCAUUGGGAUCCUCAUCAUGAUGUCCCUGUGCGGCGAAGUGCACGUGUACGAGUACAUCCCAUCCAUCCGGCAGACGGAGCUGUGCCACUACCACGAGCUGUACUAUGACGCGGCGUGCACGCUCGGCGCCUACCACCCGCUGCUCUACGAGAAGCUGCUGGUGCAGAGGCUGAACACCGGCGCCCAGGGCGACCUGCACCGCAAGGGAAAGGUGGUUCUGCCUGGGCUCCGGGCUGUGCGCUGCCCCGCGCCCAACCCUGCUGGUCCCCCGUCUUGAAGAGGGGCUCUUGAAAAUCGAUGUGCAAUAAGGUACUACUGUUGUCCUCUGAGUCACAGGAGAAUACUUGAAGAUGUAUUUUAGGCGAUGUAGUCUUCAGUCCUUUAGACUGUCACUUAGCAGUGGCCACGAGAAUUCUUUUUCUAAGCCAUGGAGUAUUUAUGACUGCUUUGAAUACAGGAAUGGAAUUUAAAAGGAAAAGAAGCUCAAGAAAGAUGCAAAAAAAAAAAAAAAAGAAGAAGAA